AUGGAGGACCGGUCAUGCAGAAACAACCUGCACCUCCGAGGAGUUCUUGAGACAGAUCUAUCACUAUAUGUACGAGGCCUCCUCAAUGCAUAUGCUUCCAAAAUCCCAGCAGAUAUGCUCCUAGCGGACAGAGUCCCCAAACCAAGGCAUCUCCCUGACUCUGUGCCACGAGAAGUACUACUCAGUGCACAUUACUGCCAUAUCAAGGAACUGAUCUUUCGUUCAAGCCACACCAAAGCAACCCCGCCAGCAGAAUACACCAAGGUCAAGAUAUCUGCAGACCUUUCAACAGCCACCCUGAGAAGAAGGAAGCCGUUCCGAGAUAACGUUGGGGAUACCCCACAAAAUUGUUAG